CAUUUGAGCGGAGUUACCAGAGUGUCACGCUUCUGUGCAGUAAUGAGCCACUUUCUGCUAGUCAUUUUCUCUCUCAUCAUCGCCAGUGCUGCUGAGUUUCGCCGAUGCUCUCCCCUAUGGCUUAACGCCAGUCAAGUUAAAGUCAGCUGUAGCGACGUCCAGAUUGCACAGUACUGUGAUCCUGAUCAGAGCUGUCGACACACGAGCAAGCCCGGGGUCUCGCUGGAGAAGCACAGGGAAAGAGGACUCUGCCUAACCAUCACCAACUGCUCCUACGAGUCGUGGUCCUGCGAAGCACUGAGUUACGUCCAUGCCGAAGAAUUUGGGGAGAAUUUUACUGUCCACGUGACGUGCAACCAACCUACUAGCACGUUGCCCAGUCCAGGACCUACAAGCACUUCAGCAACUUCAGGAUCUGCCAGCACUUUGCCCAGUCCAGGCAAUAAUGAGUCACAGUCAGAGUCUCUUUCAGCUGGGGUCAUUGUGCUGAUCAUCUUUGGGCUGAUCAUCGUGUUGAUCAUCUUUGGGCUGAUCAUCUUUGUGCUUUGCAUCCGUUACAAGAAGGUGAAGUGCUUCAGGAAAGCCAUUCGUGACAUCUUCUGUCAUAAACGAAGUAUCAAUAGGACUCCUAGAGAAGAGCAUUUGGUUGAUUUGGAAGGCGGGAAGAAAAUCAUGGUGUAAAGUAAUGAUUAAGAAAAACCUACUCCGGGAAUACAACAUGAAGGAGAUCUCUUCUGCCACCUCAACUUGAAUAUGAUGUGCAAUAGUUAAGUUAAGUGAUAUCCUGGCAUACAAGGCAGUCAACAGACCAUUGUCUUGUUGUAGAGGUCUGCAUGAGAGGUCAUCCCACCUGUACGCAGCAAUCAUAAUCCCGUGCCAAACUGUUGGGUCAGAUACCAUGGACGUGCCUUCAAACCUCUACCUUGGUAAACCUACCAGAAGUCUCAAAGUUCUUCUAGAACAGGGAUUUUCUACAUUUGAUGUUUACCUCUGCAACAAAGUCAUGAUAAACUAAAGUACAUUUUACUCUGCAUAAGAGUGUCUGGCAAAUACUUCUGUUUAUAUAUACUGUGUAUUACGCCACUGGGUUUGAUUGUUACAUGACUGGUUUUGGAAUCAGCAUUGGGACAGUAUUGUAAUCUUGUGCCAUCCUGAGGAGGAGGGCUUCUCCACCCGAACAUCUCCCAAGGUUUAUUCCUCUGUAACUAAACCUUUUGGGGAGUUUUUUCUUCACACUGUCACCUUUGGCUUCUUCACUGGGGGACACAAAGACCACAGUAUGUAUUUUAAGAAGUGCUGCUUAAAAUGUAUUUAUAAAUAUUCAGUAUUUUAGUUUUUUAUGAUGUUCUAAAUUAUUUUAUAUUAACUUAACGCUUGCACAAUUUUCCC